GCCUGGCAGGGUGGCAGUUCGGCUCUCCCACCAGGUCGGUGAAGGCUCCUGGUUGGCCACGCUCGCCUCCUUGCAGUGGGCACUGCUCCUGGAGGCAGAGGUUGGAGGACCGCUCCGGAGACGGCUGGAGACGUUCGGUUGAUAUCUGUCUUCCCUGUGGGAUUUUAUCUAUCCUAAACUUGGUUCAAGACUUUUAAAGAGGGCCCUGAUCUUUUGAGGCAUGCUUGUAUGGUAAACUUCAGCUGACUGCUUUAAACGAAAAGAAGAUGAGGCUCCAGGGCCUGGUGGUCUGUUUCGUCAUUGGGAUCCUGCUUUCGUGGGGGCCCACAGGGACCGUAUCAACUGUGGACCCAGAAGCAAACAUGAACGUGACUGAGAUAAUCAUGCACUGGGGGUAUGCUUGUGAGGAACACUCAGUCCUGACAGGAGAUGGCUACAUUCUGAGUAUUCACCGAAUCCCUCAUGGGCGGAAGAGCCAUUCUGACAAAGGUCCCAGACCAGCUGUGUAUCUUCAGCACGGCUUGCUGGCAGAUUCUAGCAACUGGGUCACCAACAUUGACAACAGUAGCCUGGGCUUCCUCCUGGCAGACUCCGGCUUUGAUGUGUGGAUGGGAAACAGCAGAGGGAACACCUGGUCUCGGAAGCACAAGACCCUUUUAGUUUCUCAGGACGAAUUCUGGGCCUUCAGUUUUGAUGAGAUGGCAAAAUAUGACCUACCUGCUUCAAUUAACUACAUUUUGAAUAAAACUGGCGAAGAACAACUGUAUUAUGUGGGUCAUUCUCAAGGCUGCACCAUAGGUUUCAUAGCGUUUUCACAGAUGCCUGAGCUGGCAAAGAAGAUUAAAAUGUUUUUUGCCUUGGCUCCUGUAUUUUCCCUCAAUUUUGCUUCAGGCCCGAUGAUCCAACUGGGACGGCUUCCAGACCUUCUUCUUGAGGACUUGUUUGGACAGAAGCAAUUUCUUCCCCAGAGCGCGAUGCUGAAAUGGAUGAGCACCCACAUUUGCACUCACGUCAUCAUGAAGGAGCUUUGCGCAAAUGUCUUCUUCCUGAUAUGCGGCUUCAAUGAGAAGAAUUUAAAUAUGUCUAGAGUGGAUGUGUACACAACACACUGUCCUGCGGGAACUUCUGUGCAAAACAUGUUACACUGGAGUCAGGUUGUUAAAUACCAUAAGCUUCAAGCUUUUGACUGGGGAAGCAGUGAAAAGAAUUAUUUUCAUUACAACCAGAGUUCUCCCCCCUUGUACAACAUAAAAGACAUGCAUCUGCCCACUGCUUUGUGGAGCGGGGGCCGGGACUGGCUGGCAGACACCAGUGACAUCAGUAUCUUACUGACGGAAAUCCCCAAGUUGGUGUACCACAAGUCCAUUCCUGAGUGGGACCAUGUGGAUUUUAUCUGGGGUUUGGACGCCCCCUGGAGGCUGUAUGAUGAAAUGAUCAGUCUAAUGAAGAAAUACCAGUGAACUCCAGACUUGAGAUACUUCCCCUUCAGUAGGGGGAAAAGAACAGAUGCUUGCUUAAGUUCUGUAAAAUGCUUGUGUUUUCCUUGUCUAGAUCAUUUGUAUUUUUUAUGUGCAAGAAGAUGAUCAUGUCUAAGGUGUUCGUUGCUCUCUGCUUAAUAAGAAGCACGCGAGCUGUCUUAUGCUUCAUGUGACUGACAACCAGUGAUGCCUUUUAAGUAUUUAGAAAGUAUGGGUGUUCCAUGAAAAAGUCGCUGUAAUCCUUUUGUUUGCCUUUUACGGUUGUGUUUGGUCUAUAUGUGCCGUGUAUAUACAUGCAUACGUGUGUACAGUGUGCUGGCCAGACCUUCCUCGUGUGGAGGUAAGGGCGGGCUCACAUCAGGGUAUCUUCCUCAGUCACUUCCUACCUUACUUUUUUUUGAGACAGGGUCUCUUGCUGAGCCGGGAGCCUGCUCUUUCAGUGAGACUGGCUGGCCAGUGAGCCUCCAGGAUCUGUCUGUCUCUACCUCCCCCUCACCAAUGCUGUCCUAGCCAGCCUUCUGACACUGAUUCUAGGGACAGGAACUCAGGUUCUCGUGCUCUGUGUAGCGAGCCCUUUAUUCACCGAAUCAUCACCUCAGACCCUCUGUAACUGAAAAGCUUCUCAGUUGCUUUUAUAUCCCCACCCAACACAAGUGAGCACACACAGGACAUUUCAAGCCAUUGUUUGCGAGCAAAAAUAAACCUGCUAGUGACUUGAACACACUGUGUAGAGCUCCUUGCUCAGAGCUUCACACGGCAGCACAAACCUACAAUCCCAGCUCUCCGGAAAUGGAGACGGGAAGACUGCUGUUAGAAUUAGGGUUCAUCCAGAGAAUGAGACUUUGUCUCUAGAAAACCAAAGACAAAGGAGAAAAAGAAAACCCAAAGUACUCAGUUCUUAUCUCUUUUUUGCCUUAGAGGGCUUUCCAGCCCAGAGUUCCUGUGCUUACCUAUCUAAACAACAUUUUCAUGUUUUCCUGCACUAGUUACCUAGUGAAAUCCAGUGUUAUCCCAGCUUCUCCAGGAGUAAAAAUUCUCUCUUCAGUUUCAUCAGACCUCAAUAACAAAAUUUUUCAGGCCAAGCCAAAAAAAAAAAAAAAAAAAAAAAAAAAGUGUAGACUCUUGAAAAGCAGUUUGCACUGAUUAAAAAAAAGAAGAAGAACAACAACAACACUUGAAGAUUAAUACAAUGAGCUGUGUUGGUUCUGCAUAUGUAGUCCAGUCACUUUUCUGUGGAGGGACAAACCACUAAUUUGCCAGAAGUGAAUGUGGCUGCCGGUACGGUGCCUGUGUGAAGCUGGUUGCCCAUGGCAAGCGGUCCGUUUCCUUUUCACACAAGGGAUGUUUUCAGACAGAGCCCAGCUCAGGAAUUUUGCUUUGAGAAUGAUAUAGCUUUGUAACAAUUUAAAGGUUCAUAUUUAAACUUUUCAAUAAAACUCAGCCUCACAAGCCUGAA